AGGGCUUCAAAGGCACAGGUGAAAAACUUGAAAGAAAUCAAAGCAAAGCGCCAUUGACUUCUCUAAUUCCAAGGGUUUUCAUUUCCAUUUUCCCUCCAUCAAUGGCGGACGAAGCUCCGACUUCACAAGAUCUUGCACCAAACGGCAAUCAAGCGCCUGCAUCUGUUGAUGCCACCAUCGACUCAACAGGUCAGGGUGGCACAGCCUCUUCGUGCAACAACAAUAACGUUGUCGAGACAUCGGGGCUGACGUCUGAUGGAGAAAGGGAGAAGUCACUCGAGUACGCUGAAGAGUUGAUGGACAGAGGAUCGAAGGCUAACAAAGAAGAAGACUAUGCCGAAGCUACUGAUUGCUUCAGUCGUGCCCUAGAAAUCAGAGCUGCACAUUAUGGCGAGCUUGCACCUGAAUGUGUGAGAUCAUAUUACAAAUACGGAUGUGCACUUCUAUACAAGGCUCAAGAGGAAUCCGAUCCAUUAGUCUCUGGUACUGUUUCCAAGAAAGAAUCCACUGAAAAAGGAUCCACUAAAUCAGCUGAAAGUGGAGAAACUUCUGUUUCAAGCAAAACUAAAGAAGUGGAAGAUCAAGAUGAAGAUGAUGAAGGAAGUGAGGGUGAGGAUGAAGAAGAAGACGAAUCUGACCUAGAUUUAGCUUGGAAAAUGCUUGAUGUUGCAAGGGCAAUUUCGGAAAAACAACCAGGCGACACAAUGGAGAAAGUAGACAUUCUUUCAGCUUUAGCAGAAGUAGCCUUGGAACGAGAGGAUGUUGAAACUUCCCUGAGUGAUUAUCUGAAAGCUUUAUCAAUGUUGGAACGCCUAGCUGAACCAGACAGUCGCCACAUAGCCGAACUAAACUUUCGGAUAUGUUUAUGCUUAGAAAUCGGGUCAAAGGGUCAAGAAGCAAUUCCAUAUUGUCAAAAGGCGAUUUCAGUUUGCAAAUCUCGUUUAAAGAGACUUAAAAGUGAAGUGGAAAGUUUAUCUGGGAAUUGUGAAUCGAGUGUUCUUGGUAGACAAUCUUCUAAUGCUUCACAAACGAAUGAUCCGAUUUCUGAAAAAGAAAAAGAGAUUGAGAUUCUCACUGGUCUUUCUACUGAGCUUGAAAAAAAGCUUGAAGAUUUGGAGCAAAUUGUAUCAAACCCAUCAUCCAUACUAUCCGACAUACUUGGAAUGAUGGCCGCCAAGGCGGCAAGAGGCGGAGGAGAGGGUUCUAGUGGCGGCAGCGGUGGCGGUGGAUUGAGUUCUUCACGGAUUGGAGCUGGUGAUAGUUUCGGGUUCGGGUCGACUACUGUUUCAACAACUCAAACCACCACCACCACUGGUGGUGGAGUGACACAUCUUGGGGUGGUGGGGAGGGGGGUGAAGCGGGUGUCCAUGAGCACAACUGGAACUGAAUCUUCUCCAGCAAAAAAAGUUGCAUCUGAUCCAACGGCUGAUAAUGAUGCGGCUUGAACCCUCUCUGUAGGGGUCGUUUGAUUAGAUUGUAAGGAAUGUGGUUUUUAUGUGGAAUGAAGACGUAUUGGGUAUGAUUGUCAACAACCUUUUGAGAG